AUGGACACUGAAUCUCCCGCGGAUCGCCUCUCUGUCUACCUCAAGACACGACCGCACAAAGAGACGGACCAAGAAGCAGAGCGACAGACAGACAGACGCUUGGCUAGAGUGGUAGAACGUAGUAGUAGUAGUAGUAGUAGUAGUAGUAGUAGUAGUAGUAGUGGUAGUAGUAGUAGUAGUAGUAGUAGUAGUAGUAGUAGUAGUGGUAGUAGUAGUAGUAGUAGUAGUAGUAGUAAUAGUAGUAGUAGUAGUGGUAGUAGUAGUAGUAGUAGUAGUAGUAGUAGUAGUAAUAGUAGUAGUAGUGGUAGUAGUAGUAGUAAGAGUGUUGGUAUUAUUAACAGUAGUAGUAGUAGUAGUAGUAGUAGUAGUAGUAGUGGUAGUAGUAGUAGUAAGAGUGGUGGUAUUAUUAACAGUAGUAGUAGUAGUAGUAGUAGUAGUAGUAGUAGUAGUAGUAGUAAUAGUAGUAGUAGUAAUAGUAGUAGUAGUAGUAGUAGUAGUAGUAGUAGUAGUAGUAGUGGUAGUAGUAGUAGUAAGAGUGGUGGUAUUAUUAACAGUAGUAGUAGUAGUAGUAGUAGUAGUAGUAGUAGUAGUAGUAGUAAUAGUAGUAGUAGUAAUAGUAGUAGUAGUAGUAGUAGUAGUAGUAGUAGUAGUAGUAGUGGUAGUAGUAGUAGUAAGAGUGGUGGUAUUAUUAACAGUAGUAGUAGUAGUAGUAGUAGUAGUAGUAGUAGUAAUAGUAGUAGUAGUAAUAGUAGUAGUAGUAGUAGUAGUAGUAGUAGUAGUAGUAGUAGUGGUAGUAGUAGUAGUAAGAGUGGUGGUAUUAUUAACAGUAGUAGUAGUAGUAGUGGUAGUAGUAGUAGUAGUAGUAGUAGUAGUAGUAGUGGUAGUAGUAGUAGUAAGAGUGGUGGUAUUAUUAACAGUAGUAGUAGUAGUAGUAGUAGUAGUAGUAGUAGUAGUAGUAGUAGUAAUAGUAGUAGUAGUAAUAGUAGUAGUAGUAGUAGUAGUAGUAGUAGUAGUAGUAGUAGUGGUAGUAGUAGUAUUGACCCCACCCAGAAAAAGCCGGCGUUGACCUCGGACCGGAAGAGCAGGUGGGGAAUUGUGGGCAUGAGACUCAAUUGUAAGCGGUGGCAGACGACACAGCGACAAUGGAGAGGGAGACACGCGCUGAUGACAAGGGCUGGACGAGCAGACGACCGUGAUGUAGACACAGACGACAGAUGGGGGAUACGCUGGAAUGAAUACCACCACACUGAAGAGCCGACCUAG